CUGCAGGUAUUUCUGAAAAAAAAUUCUGCAUCAUGAAGCCUAUAUUUUGCGGGAAUCUGGACUUUGACGCUCGGCAAUCCGACGUUGAUCGCCUUUUCAGAAAAUAUGGGAGGGUGGAUCGUGUAGAUAUGAAAUCUGGAUUACUCUUGGUCUUCCUGGAUGGAUGGUUCUCUCUGCUUUAAUUUUCUGGCUUGUGCCCAUGAUACAUGUUUCUGUCUGUCCGAAAGAAUCGAUAUUUCUGCCAUGCUCUACCAUUCCACACUACCUGUAGAUCAUUCACUUUUCUAUUCCUCACCACUUUGCCCAGUCACCGAUUUCCAUCAUGUUUCGACAUAGAUUCAUGUUCAAUUCGGAUCCAGUGGCAGGCUUCUGCUUCGUCUAUAUGGAAGAUGAGCGGGAUGCAGAGGAUGCGAUCCGGAGGCUUGACAGGGUAGAGUUUGGCAGCAAAGGGCGCAGAAUUCGUGUGGAGUGGACCAAGCAAGAGCGUGGUAGCAGAAGGCCCGAGAGCACCAGAAAAUCUUCUUCCAGUGCACGACCUUCUAAAACAUUAUUUGUCAUUAACUUUGAUCCCAUCAAUACUAGGACCAGGGACAUUGAAAAGUAUUUUGAGCAUUAUGGAAAGAUAUCCAAUGUCAGGAUCAGAAGGAACUUUGCGUUUGUGCAGUAUGAGCUGCAGGAAGAUGCAACCCGAGCAUUGGAGGAGACUCACUUAAGCAAAUUCAUGGAUCGAGUUAUAUCAGUGGAAUAUGCGAUCCGGGACGAUGAUGACAAAAGAAAUGGGCACAGCCCUGAUGGAAGAGGACGUGACACGUCUCCUGAUAGAAGAAACUAUGAUCGCAGACGUUCCCCAAGUCCCUAUCAAAGAGAUAGGGGUAGCCCUGACUAUGGACAUGGAUCUCUACCAAAUGCUAGAUCAGAACGAAGGGGCAGUCCUCAAUAUGGAAGAGCAGAAAGCCCUGCCAAUGAUAGAUACAACAGUCGUUCACCCCCGCCUCCACGUGAGAGGUCUCGAUCACGAUCCCGGUCUUGAGAAGGAAGAACACCGUUAGUAGUAUUUGGUAGAAUCUAUUCUCAUCAUUCUUCCCUGCAAAUUUCUCCAAGUGUUUUCAACUAGUUAUUGUUAAAACUUUGGGUAGAGAGUGUUGUAUCCUAUGCAUUGUUGAAUUCGAUUGUGAUUCGUACUUACGUCAAACUGUUCUAUGUUUCAA